AUGUCUACCAUCCAAUUGUCUGAGACACUAGCGAACAUGAAGAAGACUGUGCAAGCACUGGUGCACGCAUACAACGAGUGGGAUUACGAGGCUACAAAAGCCACACAGGCCGAAGACUUCACCUUUGAGGCACGCCCUCUGUCGAUGGGUCGGGAAUCAUUGAAUGGAGAGCAAUUCAAGGACCUUUUCAUCAAUUUCCUCGCUCCGAGUUUCAAAGAUUUCAAGAUUGAAGCAGAAUCGAUCAUACAUGACCCAGAAAGUCUGCAAAGUGUGCUUCAUGGCUUUUUCAACAUUCUGACCCCUCAAGACCACCCUGUCCGGCUUGAAGUGGUGAUGCUUUUCAAGUUCAACGAGACAGGCGAGAAGUUUGUCAAAGUUCAGGAAUUCUUCGACAGCAAAGUCUAUCUCGAAUCGACGAAAGCAAUGCAAGCUGCGGCGAAGGAAGGGGAGUAG